CCUACGUGAUUUGAUAUUGUUUGUUUUUAUUAUUUCCUUGUUUGUUUUAUCGAAAAGCAAAUCAUUUUUGAUUGAUUUGUAAAAUCAGGAAUAUUAACCCUCAAAAAACUUCUCUCGAUUCUAUAUAUUUCAUUACAUAUUUGACAUUAAUGAAAAAUCUUGUUGACUAAAUAAAUACACGAAUAUUACUUCGAAAUAUUCAAGAUGUCUAAUUCAGAUAGAAAUUUAUUAGUAAAAGAUGUGUAUGAUAAUGCCUGUGAUAUUUUUCAAGAAUUUGAAAAAAUAGUAGCUAUUACUGGUGUUGAAGAAGCUAGCCUUCUCAUAAAUAAGGUGAAACAUGUGUUAGAGUUAUUAGAAGAAAGUGUUAGGAGAACCGAGCAAUUAGAUAAGGAAUAUGUUGAUCUAAAACUCAAAUGCACUCACCUGUCAGCUGACAAACUUAUGAAAGAAGAAGAAAUCUUAAGUUUGAAACAAGCUUUUGAGGAACUGGAAGACUCUUGGGUGCAAGAAUCUUCAAAUCUGAAAACUAUCAUCAAUAAACUAUCGACUGAAAAUAACAUUUUGAAACAGACAUUAGCUGAAAAGAAAGAUGUUCCUCUUGAAGUUGAUCAUGCUUUGAAAUCUGUGAUUAAAGAUCAAGAAAAGGUUAUAUCCAAAUUGAAGUCAAAUUUAAAACAGAAAGAUGACAGAUUUGAGAAGGAUCAAGCUACUUUGGAUUCAAUGAAUACUAAAAUUAUACAUCUGAGUAAAGUAAACACUUCAUUACAUCUGCGUUAUCAAGAGGCCCAAAAAGUCAUUGCAGCUUAUAAGGAUGAGAAAAGGCAAUCUGAAGAAAAAAUAACUUUUCAAACUGAAAAACUACAAAACAUGGAAGAUAGUUUUGAUGACCUAAAAAAGUCGAUAGAGGAAACAUGUGAGUUCAGUUUGCAAAACAUGAUAGACGUAUAUAAACCUCUACAACAAAGACAGUGCAACAAUGAAGAUAAAAUGAAAACGUUAUAUGACGAACAAAAGAAAUUAAAACAAGAAGUCAAAGAUCUAAAACUGGAAUUAGCAUUGUUGCAAAUUGAAAUGGAUGAAUACGAACAGGAACUAUCCAGGGCUCCUGCUCGUCCAAACAGAGAUUGUCUAAAUGAUCAUGGCAAUCUUGAUCAAAUGUUUCGGCUUUUUCUUGGAGUCUUUGCUGAUAAUCCACAAACAUGUGUCCUCAGAGGUAAACGAAUGUAUUCAAAGUGAUCAAGCAACAGAUGAAACUGUUUUUGAUGUUGAUAUUGCACCUAUGUGGCCUUGUUUUGAUUCGUAAUUAUGAAACUUUAUGUGAUAAUAUAUUUUUAUAAUGUUAUUACUUAUUUUAAAAACAUAUUUUUGUCCGAAAAAUUUGUUUUUUAAAGGAAAAUCUAAAAAUUGUGCAAUAAUUGUAUUUUCAACCAAGCAA